AUGUCAGCCGAAAGUCAGGGUAGUGGCUCUGAUGAGAGGGAGUGUAGUGCAGUAGCUAUUGGGAUUUUACCUGAUGGAACUCGUUUUUGUGUUCCAGAGACUAUGUCUGUUAUGAGUUCUUUAUUAAGAAAACGAUCAUGGAGGAGUCCUGCAACUAUUCUAUGGAUUUUUUUAUGGAUUUCUACUGCUUUAACAUACUGGCUUUUCUUUGCAGGGUUUCUACCGAAAUGGUUUUUUUGCCUCCAGUUUGUAAUAUGGCGACUCAUGUACAAUGUUGGCCUCGGUGUAAUUUUGUACCGACAGUCGAAUCAGGGAGGUUUUCUCUCAUUUUUUCGCCGAAUAGUCAAACAGAAUCCUGCGUUAAUACGUGGAUUGGAGUCGUCUAUUGUUUUUGAAUCUGAGGAUACAGUAUAUAAAAUUGAACAAUUUCCUGAUGAGUUUAAUGCCUGGAUGCUUUUUCGAAUUAUUGUAAAUAUUAUUUUAGCGAAUGAUCUAGUAUCGUAUAUUGUUUUGUCGAUUGUAUACUGUGAACCAGUAGACCUUGCAUCUCCGAGAGACAUCUUUUCCUUUCUCAUUGGAUUAUGCUCUAUCGUAUUUGCACUUUGGAGCAAAACGGAUGCACAUCGUGUAAUAGGUGACUACGCCUGGUAUUGGGGUGAUUUUUUCUUUUUGUUAGACAAGGAUUUAGUGUUUGAUGGGAUUUUUCAAAUGUUUCCACAUCCCAUGUAUACUGUGGGGUAUGCUUUUAUGUACGGUGUCCCACUUAUGGCGAAAUCCUACACAUUAUUUUAUUUAAGUAUUUUUGGUCAUCUCUCUCAGUUGCUUUUUCUCGCACUUGUGGAAAAUCCACAUAUUGAUCGCACAUACAAUGUGAUGCGAUCUCGAACUAAUGAUGAUAUUCUUCGAGAUGAUAUUCUUUAUGAUGAAGAGGAAGGAUUUCUGCACCGUAAUGAACUCAUUCUACUGAGGCGUUUUUCCCCUUUUCGAGCCAAAGACUUUCUUUUGGCAAUCCUUAUUCUUUACUCAUUGCUUCUCAUUAUUAUUCCUACUCCAUGGUGGCUUCACGCUUCUCAACACAUAUUUUGGCGUCUAUUUCUUAAUGCUAUACUUGGACUUGUGUUACACAGAGAAGUUUGCCACAAUAAAUGGUUUUCUAAUCAUUACAAAACUCUUCAAGAAGCUUUUUCUAACUGGAGAACGUUAUAUAAUACAGGAGUUACUAUGACUAACAUCUCUUAUAUUUUAUGUGCUAUUCGUUAUUUUUCAUGGGAUAUGUUUUUUUUUGAUACUGUAGAAUCACGUAUUUUUAUUAUGGUGGUUGGAAUACUUCUUCUUGGUAUUAAUGUUUAUGUUAGUCUUGGUAUUUAUGAAGCUAUUGGUGAUUUUGGAUACUUUUACGGAGAUUUUUUUAUCGAUAGUGUUCCAUCAAAACUUACAUACAACGGUAUCUACCGCUACCUUAACAAUCCAGAUUCAUCUUUGGGAAUGUCAGGGUACUACGGUGUUGCUUUAAUAUCUGGUAGCCCCACUGUUCUCUUUUUAGCGUUGUUUUCGCACACAUGCACAAAAGCGUUUGAGUUGCUUGUUGAAAAACCUUAUGUAUUAAGACGGUACGGUAAGGAGGUUCGCAGCCUUAGCGGUCUUGAACAAGAGAUAAAGCGAAAAAUGAAUAAAGUGAAGGAAGAGUACGAAAGAAGAGUACAAGAAUUGAAGCAAAAAUUGGAUAAACAGAAACAAAGCUACGAAAAACUUCGGGAGAUCGUUAUGACGCGACGACGUAAAAGAGACAAGGAUGAUUAG